UUAUUCCUUUGACCAUUGAGUGAGUCUCCCUGAUGAAAGAUGACAUUUUCUUUCAUAACUACUUCAAGUAAACACUAAACAGCGCGAGUUUCGUCUGCACUGUAACUGCUCCGGUGGAGUGAGAUAUCGGUGUUUAAAGCGUGUGAACAAUGUGCUAGCUGCCACGCCUCACGCCCCCACACCUGCUCCGUCAGCCUCGCAGCCCUCACCACAGCAGCCUGCCUCUCCUAUGCGGCGUCCAUUAUGAUGGAGUCAACCGGCUUUCACAAGUGGACAAAGAAUAUUUUAAAUGAACUUGACAUUAAUCCAAAGAUUGUUGUAUGUGCUAAAAAAGCGGGCUUUGUUUCUGCAUCCAGCAUCCUGGGAGCCUCUCAGAAUGAACUGGAAGAGAAGCUUGGAUUGUCAUCAUUUCACAUCAAAAACUUCACUGAUGCUGUCAUCUCACAUGUUCUCCCUAAGAAAAUAUCAGCUUGGGACAUGAGCCAGACAGGAGAGAGAGAUCUGAAGCACAUCACUUCAGGGUGUCAGAAUUUAGACAGCUUCCUAGGUGGUGGAUUGCCAGUCCGGGGCAUCACAGAGGUAACAGGACAGAGUGGAAGUGGCAAGACCCAGGUGGCAUUGCAGUUAUCUCUGUGUGCACAGCUGCCACCUGCUGCUGGUGGCCUUGGAAAAGGUGUCGCAUAUAUCUGCACAGAGUCCCAGUUUCCAACUGCCAGGCUUCAGCAAAUGGUAAAGCAUUUCAAAGUAAAGCACAGCCAAGGGCCAGCAUCCUACACUGAUGGGAUUUUUGUUCACCACAUCCCAGAGAUGGACAGCUUAGUGGACUGUGUGCGAUACCAGUUGCCCAGUCUGCUGUCACAGCGGCCCAUUGGUUUAGUGGUUCUAGACUCUGUGGCAUCUCCCUUUAGGGCUGAAGAGAGUAGCAUGGAAAACAAGAACCUUCUUUAUAUUCUUGGCUACCGUCUCCACCAGCUGGCUGCUGCUUACAACAUUGCUAUUCUUGCUAUUAAUCAGAUGUUGGGGAACAAGAUAUUCAAGACACAAGUGUUGACUGACACUAUUCCCCAGUGUAGGAGUUCCAGUUCUCCAUGAAAGAUGGUAGGAACAACAGAUAACUCCAUCCAAAUUGAUGAGGCAAGAUUUGCUGGUCGACAGAAGUACAACCGAGGAAGGAUGCUGAAUGGAGACAACGCUCCUCUCUCCGAAGACAGUGACGCAGAACAAGAAAACAACAGAAACCAUGGGUGUAGAAUUGAUGGGCCUUGGGUUUUUGGUCUUACACAAGGCUCAGACUGUCGGUACUUUUGGGUGGAAUGACAUGACCACAAUACUGUAAUCCCUAUUAUUGAAAGGGAGUGUGCAUAUGGUUCGGUGAUUCAUUCAGACGAGUGGACUGCUUAUAGCAACCUAAAUGCCAUGGGGUACCAGCAUUUUACAG